AAAAUGCUUCUCCAGAAGAUGUGGAAUAUUACAACUGCCAGCAGGAGCUUACAGAUGAUCUACAUAAACAAUAUCAGAUAGUGGAAAGAAUAAUUGCUCAUUCAAAUCAGAAAUCGGCGGCUGGUUAUCCAGACUACUAUUGUAAAUGGCAAGGUUUGCCUUAUUCAGAAUGUAGCUGGGAAGAUGGUGCUCUCAUUGCCAAAAAGUUUCAGGCACGCAUUGAUGAGUACUUUAGCAGAAAUCAGUCCAAGACCACUCCCUUUAAGGACUGCAAGGUUCUAAAACAGAGGCCAAGGUUUGUUGCAUUAAAGAAACAACCAUCUUACAUUGGAGGACAUGAAGGGUUAGAGUUACGAGAUUAUCAGUUAAAUGGAUUGAAUUGGCUUGCUCACUCAUGGUGCAAAGGAAAUAGCUGUAUUCUUGCGGAUGAAAUGGGUCUCGGUAAAACAAUACAAACAAUUUCUUUUCUGAACUACUUGUUUCAUGAACAUCAAUUGUAUGGGCCUUUCUUGCUGGUUGUGCCACUUUCCACCUUGACAUCUUGGCAAAGAGAGAUACAGACUUGGGCUCCUCAGAUGAAUGCUGUGGUUUACUUAGGGGAUAUAACUAGCAGAAAUAUGAUAAGAACUCAUGAAUGGAUGCACCCGCAGACCAAACGAUUAAAAUUUAACAUUCUUCUAACAACAUAUGAAAUUUUGCUGAAGGAUAAGUCAUUCCUUGGUGGUCUGAAUUGGGCAUUCAUAGGAGUUGAUGAAGCUCAUCGUUUAAAAAAUGACGACUCUCUUCUGUACAAGACUUUAAUAGACUUCAAGUCUAACCACCGUCUUCUUAUUACUGGAACCCCUCUGCAAAACUCCCUCAAAGAGCUUUGGUCCCUGUUGCACUUCAUCAUGCCAGAAAAGUUUUCCUCCUGGGAAGAUUUUGAAGAGGAGCAUGGCAAAGGGAGAGAGUAUGGUUAUGCAAGUCUUCACAAAGAACUUGAACCAUUUCUGCUGAGAAGAGUUAAAAAAGAUGUAGAAAAGUCUUUACCUGCUAAGGUUGAACAAAUUUUGAGGAUGGAAAUGAGUGCAUUGCAGAAGCAAUAUUACAAGUGGAUUUUAACCAGGAAUUAUAAAGCCCUCAGUAAAGGUUCAAAAGGCAGUACCUCAGGCUUUUUGAACAUCAUGAUGGAACUCAAGAAAUGUUGUAACCAUUGCUACCUCAUUAAACCACCAGAUGAUAAUGAAUUCUAUAAUAAGCAGGAAGCCUUACAGUAUUUAAUACGUAGCAGCGGAAAACUAAUCCUUCUUGACAAGCUACUGAUCCGUCUGCGAGAACGUGGCAACAGAGUUCUGAUUUUCUCACAGAUGGUGAGGAUGCUGGACAUCCUAGCAGAGUAUCUGAAGUAUCGUCAGUUUCCCUUUCAGAGACUUGAUGGAUCAAUAAAAGGGGAAUUGAGGAAACAAGCACUGGAUCAUUUUAAUGCAGAAGGAUCUGAGGACUUCUGCUUUUUACUGUCUACCAGAGCUGGAGGAUUAGGUAUCAAUUUGGCAUCUGCUGACACUGUAGUUAUAUUUGAUUCUGACUGGAAUCCACAGAAUGAUCUGCAAGCACAGGCUAGAGCCCAUAGAAUUGGACAGAAGAAACAGGUUAAUAUUUAUCGGCUAGUUACAAAAGGAUCAGUAGAAGAAGAUAUUCUUGAAAGAGCCAAGAAGAAGAUGGUGUUAGAUCAUUUGGUAAUUCAGAGAAUGGAUACUACAGGGAAAACUGUACUGCAUACAGGCUCUACUCCUUCAAGCUCAACACCAUUUAAUAAGGAGGAGUUGUCAGCAAUUUUGAAGUUUGGUGCUGAGGAACUUUUUAAAGAACCUGAAGGGGAAGAACAGGAGCCCCAGGAAAUGGAUAUAGAUGAAAUCUUGAAGAGGGCUGAAACUCGGGAAAAUGAGCCAGGUCCAUUAACUGUAGGAGAUGAGUUGCUUUCACAGUUCAAGGUGGCCAACUUUUCCAAUAUGGAUGAAGAUGAUAUUGAGUUGGAACCAGAAAGAAAUUCAAGAAAUUGGGAAGAAAUCAUUCCAGAAGUCCAGCGGCGAAGAAUAGAAGAGGAGGAAAGACAAAAAGAACUUGAAGAAAUAUACAUGCUCCCAAGGAUGAGAAACUGUGCAAAACAGAUCAGCUUUAACGGAAGCGAAGGGAGGCGCAGUAGGAGCAGAAGAUACUCUGGAUCUGAUAGUGACUCCAUCUCAGAAAGAAAACGGCCAAAAAAACGUGGAAGACCACGAACUAUUCCUCGAGAAAAUAUUAAAGGAUUUAGUGAUGCAGAGAUCAGGCGGUUUAUCAAGAGUUACAAGAAAUUUGGUGGCCCUCUUGAAAGGUUAGAUGCUGUGGCUAGAGAUGCUGAGCUAGUUGAUAAAUCAGAGACAGACCUUAGACGUUUGGGAGAGCUUGUACAUAAUGGAUGCAUUAAAGCUUUAAAGGACAGUUCAUCUGGACAAGAAAGAGCAGGAGGUAGACUUGGGAAAGUUAAAGGCCCAACAUUCCGAAUCUCAGGAGUGCAGGUGAAUGCAAAGCUAGUCAUCUCUCAUGAAGAAGAGCUGGCACCACUGCACAAAUCUAUUCCUUCAGAUCCAGAAGAAAGAAAAAGAUACGUCAUCCCGUGUCACACCAAAGCUGCUCAUUUUGAUAUAGACUGGGGUAAGGAAGAUGAUUCCAAUCUCUUAAUAGGCAUCUAUGAAUAUGGUUAUGGCAGCUGGGAAAUGAUAAAAAUGGAUCCUGAUCUCAGUUUGACACAGAAGAUUUUGCCUGAUGAUCCAGAUAAGAAACCCCAGGCAAAGCAGCUACAGACUCGUGCAGACUACCUCAUUAAAUUACUGAAUAAGGACCUUGCAAGGAAGGAGGCACAAAGGCUUGCUGGUGCAGGCAAUUCAAAGCGGAGGAAAGCAAGAACUAAGAAGAAUAAGGUGAUAAAGGCUGCAAAAAUAAGAGAAGAAAUUAAAAGUGAUUCUUCACCACAGCUCUCAGAAAAAUCUGAUGAAGAUGAUGAGGAGGAUAAUAAGGAUAAGAUUGUUUCACUGAAACAUCCACAUAAAAAAAUAAAAGCAGAAAAAGAAAAUGAAGAAAAGCCUGAGCCAGAUACUGGUAUAAAGAAGGAAGCUGAAGAAAAAAGAGAGAGAAAAGAAAAAGAAAACAAGAGGGAUUUGAAAAGGGAGAAAAAAGAAAAAGAGGAUAAGAAAGAAUUAAAAGAAAAAGAUACUAAAGAAAAGAGAGAAAACAAAGUAAAAGAUUCCACACAGAAAGAAAAAGAAGUAAAGGAAGAUAAGAUAAAUGAAAUCAAAUCUGAAAAUAAAGAAAAAACUAAAAAAAUUCCUUUGUUGGAUACUCCAGUUCAUAUUACUGCAACUAGUGAACCAGUUCCUAUAUCAGAAGAAUCUGAAGAACUGGAUCAGAAGACUUUUAGUGUGUGCAAAGAAAGAAUGAGGCCUGUCAAAGCAGCAUUGAAACAGCUGGAUCGACCAGAGAAGGGCCUUUCUGAAAGAGAGCAGCUGGAACAUACUAGACAGUGUUUAAUCAAAAUUGGGGAUCAUAUUACUGAAUGUCUAAAGGAGUACACAAAUCCUGAACAAAUUAAACAAUGGAGGAAAAAUUUGUGGAUUUUUGUCUCUAAGUUUACAGAAUUUGAUGCCAGAAAGCUGCACAAACUGUAUAAACAUGCAAUCAAAAAACGCCAAGAGUCUCAGCAACACAAUGACCAGAGUAUUGGCAGCAAUGUGAAUACACAUGUAAUUAGAAAUCCAGGUAAGAACCCUUAA